AUGUUUACCCUCACGGACAAUUAUACAUUUUUUGUUCUUACGGACCACCAUACAUUUUUUUCUCUUACGGACAAUUAUACAUUUUUCUCUUACGGACAAUUAUACAUUUUUUCUCUUACGGACCACCAUACAUUUUUUCUCUUACGGACCACCAUACAUUUUUUCUCUUACGGACCACCAUACAUUUUUUUCUCUUACGGACAACCAUACAUUUUUUCUCUUACGGACCACCAUACAUUUUUUCUCUUACAGACAACUAUACAUUUUUUCUCUUACGGAACACUAUAUAUGCUUUCUCUUACGGACAAUUAUACAUUUUUUCUCUUACGGACCACCAUACAUUUUUUCUCUUACGGACCACCAUAUAUUUUUUCUCUUACGGACCAUCAUACAUUUUCUCUCUUACGGACCACCAUACAUUUUUCUCUUACGCUAUAUUUUUUUAUUUUUAUGUAUGUAUCUAAUGCUCCCAAUAUCUAUCUAUCUAUCUAUCUAUCUAUCUAUCUAUCUAUCUAUCUAUCUAUCUAUCUAUCUAUCUAUCUUGUACGUAAAAACAUUUAUCUAUCUAUCUAUCUAUCUAUCUAUCUAGCAUAA